GGUGCAGGGCUGUAAAUCUGAGAGAAGGGGUCAUCCCUGGGCUAAGAAUAGUUGGGAAGCAAAACAAGCUGAACACUGCAGUGGGGUGAUUUUCGUGUCCCCUGAGCAAACACAGCCCCUGAGAGGGCUGGGCCUGGGGGCUGAGUGCCCUGGACAUGGCUCCUGACAGAGUUAUCAGUGUCACAGGAGGUUUUGUCCAAUCUCCUGCCUCCUGUUUGGGGCAAGCUGUGAUUCUGGGACAGGAGGGGGGCGGGCAUCUUAUCUCUGCUGAGAUAACGCUGUCACAGCCUGACUGGGGACAGCUGGAAGCUCCAAGUGCUUUGGAGAGAGGCAGCAUCUCUGUGCCCCUGUCCCGGUGCUGAGGGACAGGCUGUGCUAGCCCUUAUCUCACUUCUAACCCUCACUUUUUCCAAUCUGCCUCAAACUCUGCCAGAGAACCAGGGAUGUCAGACACAGAGGAGGUCACCGAGGAGUAUGAGCAGGAGCAGGAAGAGGAGUGCGUGGAGGAAGAAGAGGAAGAAUGGAUAGAGGAAGACGAUGGGCAGGAGGAGCAGGUAGAGGAGGCGGAGGAGGAGACCACAGAAGCCAAGGCAGAAGAACAAGAAGAUGAAACGAAAGCAGCAGGAGAAGGUGGAGAGGGAGACCGGGAGCAGGAGCCUGGGGAAGGCGAAUCGAAGCCAAAACCCAAGGUCUUCAUGCCCAACCUGGUGCCUCCCAAGAUCCCAGAUGGCGAGAGACUGGAUUUUGAUGACAUUCACCGCAAGCGCAUGGAGAAGGACCUGAACGAGCUGCAGGCCCUCAUUGAAGCCCACUUUGAGAGCAGGAAGAAGGAGGAAGAGGAGCUCCUGUCCCUCAAGGACAGGAUUGAGCAGCGGCGAGCGGAGCGGGCGGAGCAGCAGCGGAUCCGCAGCGAGCGGGAGAAGGAGCGCCAGGCCCGCAUGGCCGAGGAGAGAGCUCGCAAGGAGGAAGAGGAGGCGCGGAAGAGGGCGGAGGAGGAGGCGCGGAAGAAGAAAGCGUUCUCCAACAUGCUGCACUUUGGGGGAUACAUGCAGAAGUCAGAGAAAAAGGGUGGGAAGAAGCAAACAGAGCGGGAAAAGAAGAAGAAGAUCCUCAGUGAGCGACGGAAGCCCCUGAACAUUGACCACCUCAGCGAGGACAAGCUGAGGGACAAGGCUAAGGAGCUGUGGCAGAACAUCCAUGACCUGGAGGCUGAGAAAUUUGAUCUGCAGGAGAAGUUCAAGCGGCAGAAAUACGAGAUCAAUGUUCUUCGAAACCGCAUCAGUGACCACCAGAAAGUAUCCAAGGGUGCCCGUGGGAAGACCAUGGUGGGCAGCCGAUGGAAGUAGAGCUCAGGGAGAGAGGAGGCUGAGCCUCAGGAGCUGCAGCAGCUGCACAGAGUCCUGGCUGCAGGAAUGGGGGUUCUGGGGGGCAGAGGCCUCAUGAGUGUCCCAUCUCCACCCCCCAGUGUUGUUGUGUCUGUAAA